CAAAAUGGCGGCCCCGGUUUUACCGGGAUUUACAGGCGUAACGGGUAGACUUCAGGGGACAAAAUUGAUCCAGGGACAGCCCCUCUAAUACGGGGACUGUCCCGGGAAAUCCGGGACGUCUUUUCAGCUAGCUAAAAUAUAGUGCCAUCAUUAUAUAAUCUGCAACAAGAACCAAAUACGAAACAAGGGCCUGCCAUUAUCCAUCAGACAUGGCUUUUGAAAGCUUGUUCUCCAGACCCCCAAACCCAGCCCUUGACAAAAACAUGACAGACUCUGAGCAUGCAGGGGAUGAAAGGGAAGAUGGGGAAUUGGAAGAUGGUGAAAUAGAAGAUGGAGGUAUAGAAGAGCAGACUCAAGAUAUAAAGGAAGCAGAAGACCAAGGUGUUGUAAAACCACACAGGAAGUCGAGAAAGAGAAGGAGAAAAGAAAGGGAAAAGAAGAAGGAAAAACGCCGCAGACGAGAGAAACACAGGCACAACUUUCCUGGUAGUGAUAACAGCUCUGAGUACAGUGCUGAUUCUGACACAGAGCAUGGAGAAAGGCCACACAAAGAUAUUGUGUACAGAGAUUAUGAUGUCCAGUAUUCCCAGCAUGGGCCAGGGAGCUAUAUUACACCCCCAAAUGCAAAGCAUAAGAAAAAUGUAAAUGAUUAUGAUGAUUAUAGUAACUACAGUGAUGGUAACUACAACGAGGAGGAAGAAGAAGAUGAUUUUGUUGAACAGUUGAAACACUACAGACAAGCAAAGGAAAACUCAAACUUGGCUGAACCACCUUUUAAGAAAAACAACAUAAAAGGAAAUCAGCAAGGACGUGAACAACAGCAAACAGGAUUUUCAUAUGGACGAGGCCGUGGCAAUCAGAAAAAAUGUAAAGAUCGCGGGCGUGGAAGAGGUGUACAUAAAGGGCCAAAUCCUUAUUUUCAAGAUGGCUUUCAAGAGGAUUCUAAGCCAGUGAAGAAGUGGGUAAACUUGAGUCAAGAGUUCAUAAAUCUGCAUACAGUGGAGCACAAAGGAAAGCAGAUCUGCAAAUAUUUUCUGGAAAAACGUUGUAUCAAGGGAGACCAGUGCAAAUUUGACCAUGAUGCAGAAAUAGGAAAAAAAAGGGAGAUUUGCAAGUUUUAUAUACAGGGAUAUUGUACAAAAGGAGACAACUGCUUGUAUAUGCACAAUGAAUUUCCAUGCAAGUUUUACCAUACAGGAGCAAAGUGCUACCAAGGAGAUAACUGCAAGUUUUCACAUGAUCCCUUAACAGAUGACACAAGGGAGCUACUACACAAGGUUUUAAACACCGAAGAAGUACAGCAUGAAGAUGAAAACGGUGCAUCAGAAAUGCCACGGCAUGGAAAGUUUUAUAACCCACCAUACUAUGGAAUGCAAUACCAAGGAUGUCACCAACCAAUGUACAACUCUGAGCCGCUGCCGGAAUCUGGACCUAAUGUGUCGCCCAUGACUGGAGGAAUACCACCUUUUAAUGCAUCUACCAUGCAAAAUCCAGUGAUCAACAACCAGAGAGAUGGUUACAACUUAUCAAGCCCACCCUUUCUCCAAAGUACAGAGGAAGCAACCCACACAAACAGCUAUCAGUGUUCACAAAAUACAACUGGAUUCUAUGAUAACUACUACUCUCAACAGGCUGUUCAUAAUACACAGUCCUGCAACACGACAGAAAAAACACAGGGCAUUUUAUUUGCAAGUAUGAAUAAACAGCCUGAUGGAGUAGAACAAAAUGCAAGUCAGCUACAAAGAUCAGUUAGCAGAGAUGAAGAUGACAUUUCAAACUGGUACACAAGUAGUGAGGAAGAAGAUGGAAGUGGUGUGACCUCACUUUUAAAAACAUUAAGAAACCAAGCAAAUAUUGCAAGGAUGAAUUCACAGGAACAGCAGCCACUGCCAAUCAAUUGUGAUCCCAGACUGGCAAAAGACAGGGCAUUGAGAAUUCAAGCUUCAGAUCCCAGGGUAAAAGGCACUGAGGCACAAAAUCCUGGGAAUCAUGGGGACUCUGCUGAUCGUAGAGUUAUGCGUGAUCCCAGAAAAUUGAAGUCCGGUGACAUUUCAGCGAACAGUAAUGCAAAAACUGAGAGUACUCAAGUGCAAUCUGGAAGCAAGGUCACCCAGAAAGGAUUGGAUGACGAUGAGGAUGAUGGUGAAAAGGAACUGAGGGAAAAAGCAGCUAUAAUACCCCUAGAAAUGCUUCCUGGUGUAAAUCUAAGAGAUCCGCGAUGUAAGCUUAGGCAGUUCAGCCACAUUAAAAUGGACAUCUUAUUGACCAAACCAAAUUUUGCUAAGCUAAUUGUUUGGGCACCUGAGGAUUUACUUCCAGUUCCACCCCCUAAACCAGAUCAUGUUUCAUCAAUCAAUCUACCAUUGCCCCCACUUAUAGCUGAUCAAAGACUUAAUAAAUCAAAGAGUUUGCCAAACGAGUUCCACCAAUCUGCCCAUGAUCUCAGGCUGGAUCCAAGACUAGAAACAAAAGCUAAACAGGCAGUUUUACCAGCAAGAAACAGAUCAACAGAUCAAGGAGGUUUAAAUGUGAUUUUUAAUAAGCUCGGUGAUCCUCGGCUACAAAAAAAUCCUCAGUCCAGGCUUCAGAGAGCAGCCAGUCAUGAUUCCCAACCUGCAAUUACGAAAGAUCAUAAUUCUUCAAAGGCAGAUCCUCGCACAGCAGCAAGAUCGGCAUCUUUAACAGCAUCUGGUUUAUGUAAAUCUGAUCAAAAUAGUCUUCCACCUUAUGCUCCCAAGCUUUCCUCCCCAAACAUCAGGUUGGGGACACCAAGUUCCAUACUGAAAAACAUUAGUUUGUAUGAUCCAAGAAACAAUGAAACAUCAGUUGCCGUUUCAGACUCCAAGCCCACUAUUAAAGAUCCAAAAGAAGAGUCUGAAAAAAAUCUUGGAAAUCCGAACGCAUUGUGUAAAAGUGAGACAGAAAAGCUGAACAGUUCCACACAGCCAGCAUCCUCAACUGAAGAACCUGUCCAGCAAAACACAUCAGAGGAGACCGAGGAAAAAACGGUUGAUUCACCAAAUGAAAAAUGUAUAUUGGACAAACCUCAGCCGGUGCCUGAUGCACCUGAGCCACAACCUAGCGCAGCUCCCGCGGUCCAUAACCUUCCAGUUCAAGCUUUGGCAGGACUCAUGCGACCACAGUAUAAUGAUCAGCGGCAGGUUAAACCUGCAGGACAGGCAACACAAAUGCAAGGGACUGAUGUUGAUGGGAAACCAGAUGACAAACCACUGAAAGAUGUCUUUAAAACAUUCGAUCCAACAGCCUCCCCAUUUUGUUAGUUAUAUCUCCAUUGUCUGGAGAUCUUGUGAGAUGCAGUGAUGCGGUUCCUGUUGCUGGCUAGGUUAUGUACUCUGUUUCAUUGUAAAUUAGUAGCAAGCAUUUCCCUUUUUUUAUUUUUAUUUUUUUGGAACCACACGCAGAUGGACGCUUCUGCUUUUUUCAUAUUAUUUUUGUUGUUGCAGAUCCAUUGUAUUUGUUAAUCAUGUGAUCCAAGUGUCAUAUUAGGUUAUAUAAAGCACUUUCACUGUACAUAGCGCAUUAUAGGAAAUAUAUAUAUAUGUGUGUGUGUAUAUACAUAUAUAUAUGGUAUGUUGGUACUGUUUUUACCUAUGAAUAAACUGACAUUUGUACGACUGUAACAAGCAACCUUAUGUACAUUGCUGAUGCUCUGGUUCCAAGGAAAUAUGUGAAUUUGUAGGAAGACCUUUAAUGUAAAAGCAGACAUUGUGGGGAAAAAUCCUUUGAAGCCUCUUUCAGUGUAUUGCUAUUGGUAACUUAAAAUAUAUAUAUAUAUGUGUAACAAUCUUCAAUUGGUCCUAGAGCUGAAAUUGUGUUUUAAACAGUUUUGUUACAUGCUGUAAAUAUUGGGGAAAACAUUUCUGUUUCAGCCAGUUUUAUUUAAUUUUUCACAGGGACAAAGCUCUUCAUAAAGCUGUGGUUUAGACGGUGAUCUUAUGUAGUGCAUGACUAUUUUGUAUUUGCAUUUCUUUGUCAUUUUAAUACUUGUUUGCCUAUAUGGUUUUAACCCAAAUAUUUUUUAAAAAAUGAAGUUCUUUAAUGACGCACUUUGAUGUUACAUUCAAUGGCUCGUUCAACAGCAGUGCAAAAUAUAUAUUGUAACCAUCGUUCUAUCAGUGUAUCCAUCUACUUUUUUUCACUGUUUUAUAGAAAUUCUCUGCAAUCAAUAAAAUUAUUGUGAUGGAAUAGAAAAAA